AUGUUGUUUCCAGCAGACCAUCAGUCAAGGAAACCUCCUUCCAACUCACAAUCUUUACCCUUGGAGCCCAAAGUUGAACCAACCGAUCCAAUCCUUCAACCAGAAGUGCAAGAGAUAACUGAGGAGGAGUUCCUCACCAACCUCUCUAAAGUCCAAAGUUUGGCAUUGACUUGCUCACAAUUACGCCUCCCAAAAUCCAUCAGGAGAGAUGUCGACGGAAUGGUUCAGUGUCUCAAAGUUAUCAGCAAAGAUUACGAAGAAAACAAGUCCCUUGCCCUCCAUGAGUGUCUCACCGUGAAAAUUGGAUCUGAACCUACCAUCAACCGCUCUUCGACUUCCGCUGCCCCCCCAAAGAGAAAAGGCAAGAAGAAAGCAAAACAUCCGCCUGUCUCCAUCACUUCUCAUAUUUCAACCUCCAAAAGCCGAUCAAAUGAAGAUUCGGCCCCCUCAAACCAGCCAGACGACGAACUUGACCAAGAUGAAGAGCCAGGUUUAAGUAAAAAUGAUACAUAUCAUGAAUCAUCGUCCCAUGUUGGCCGUUCACCCAACAAAGGCAAUGAUGAAGAUGAUGAUAGUACUGAAGCAAACGACAAGGCCGAUGGAACGAAUCCAGAUCUCAUGAAUUCAAACACCUCAACCGAUCAAGUUCAACAAGAACCUACCCUUCCUUCUAGCGAUUCACCCAACCUCAACGCCGAUGACUUCUCAAUUGUUCUCAAUGAAAGUUUCCGUAAAACCCUUCACGACAUUACAUUCAAUCUUCAAAAGGGUCGAGCGACUAAAAGCAAGUGGCAAACAGGAUGGAACUCCAUUGAAUACUUAUUGGGAUUCCGCCUCAACACAUUUACUUUAACAAAAACCCCAACAGCAACGUUCGUCUACAACAAAGCGGAGUUCAACUACGAAAAAUGGAUUAAAGAAAUUGUGGAUUCAAGCGAAUCCUUCCUGGGAUAUUUGCCUCUGGAGCCAUGGUGCUGUGCUGAUGUCCUCAACUUUCACCGACUCAAAAAGCAACUCGAUUCCCCAAUCCUAUCAUCCCCUACAACUCAAAAUCAUCACACCCUGAGUCCAACCUAUUCCACGACACAUGGUGGUAUUAACAUGGCUCAAUACUUUGAAGAACACCAUGCCAAACCUUCUUCAAAUAACCGAGGGCGAGCCAGAAACCUCUGUAAAUGCUCAAUUGGUCCCAACUUCCUCCGAUCUACCAACCACCGAUUCCCUUGA